AUGGUUCCAGGCCUCACCGUCGCCAUCGCUGCCAGCGCGUGUGCUGUGGACCUUUUCGGUCUGCGCAUAGACACUCUAGCGGAGAGAAUGGAACGGUCAGGGCAAGGGUCAAAGGGCGAUCAUCGACAACGGGUGGCUGCUGUCUUGAGCCACCUGCUUGGGAUCUUCGGGCUUCAAGAACGCUACGCUACGGCACUCACUGCUCUUCUCCAACAAGCAUGGGCUGCCGUACAAUCAAUACGUUCAACUUGGGUUGCGGCAACUUGGACGUCCCGGCUGAUCGGUGGAGUUCACUGCAACGCUUCUGCCAUUGUAUACUACCACGUCGGGCCUCUUGACAGAGUACUCCCGACGCUGUUCGGCUUGGCUCAGGGAGUUCGCGAUGAGGAUGACGGUGCGCCCGUGCUUUUCUGUCCAAGUUGA